AUGUGGUUUACAAAGGAGCACUUCAAUGAAACGGAUAAUUUGCGGACACGUAUAACGCUUCGAUUCGGUCAACUGAAAGAGCAUCAGAUUGGAGACCACAACCCGUUCGAGGAGGUUCUACCUCUGUGUUCUACUGAGCACUUGAUUAACCUGCCCAAGAACAAAGCCCGCCCUCCCAUCAAGGACGUCGCGUGUCACGCUAUCAGCGACACGUAUGAAGGUGUCACGUUGGUCAUACAGAGGGAGGGUCUUCUGUGUCGCGAGUGUGACACGCCGCUUGACAGUGACAAACACUUCCUGUUAGUAUAA